AAAUGUACACUUUGAACUAUGGGAUUGCAAUGGCGUCCCACUGUACGAAUUGUUGACGAUUUGUGUGUUAUUUUAAUGCGAAUUAUCUUUAAUAUUUUAAACGUAAAUGUACAUUGAUUGUAGUGAUGAGCGCACGUUCAAUGCAUCUAGCUGACUGAGCAGUGAAAUGCACAGAAAUUAACCGAGAUACUACAGAGCAGACCAAUGGGUUCUUGAUGCCUCACUUCUAAAUAGGAUAAGAACCUUUAUAUUCGGACCUGCUGCGGCAUUGGAACAAAGGACCAGCAGCAAAAUGGAAGACCCCUCCCUGCAUCGGUUAGAGGGCAGUGACCCUGGGGCUCAGGUGGGAGGGCUGAUUGUAAAGAAGAAGAGUGCGGUGGAGGAGCAACAUGUGUUCCGAGCCCCGGCCCCGCGCACUUCUCUCCUCGGCCUGGAUCUGCUGGCCGCUCAGAAGCGCAAGGAACGGGAGGGGAAGGAGACGCUGAACUCUGAUUCCGACGACUGGAGGUCAAAAAAGUCCAAGGUGUCUUCCUACAAAGACUGGGAGGAAGGAAAAAGUGACUCUGGGUCUGAUGAUGACGAUGAUGAUGAUGAUGAGGGUGGUGAAGGCAAGAAUGGGAGAAAAGAGAGCAGGAAGUACCGUACGACAGGUUCCGAAACUCCCUCUAACCCUGGAGGGGUUAGUGAAGAGUUCCGCCGAAAACACCAGCAAAGGGAACGAGACCGUCGGGAGCAUGGGGUCUAUGCCUCGUCCAAAGAGGACAAAAACAGGGACAACAACAGGGAAAAAGGCAGAGACCGAGACAGAGAUCGAAAGAGCGAUAGAGACGACCGAGACCGGAGUCGCAGCCGCAGCUCUGGCAGCAGCCGCUCGGAGCACGGCGACGGCAGCAGUGUGCGGAGCGAGCGCUCGCAGAGGGACGGCUGGUCUGAGCGCAUCAGCCGCGGGAGCCGAAGAGAUGAACCCGAAACACCCCGGAAUCGGCCCAGAGAUGCCCUGACUCCGUCUCGCUCCAGCUGGGAUGAAGACGACAGCGGCUAUGCUAGCUCCCGCCGCUCCCACUGGGAGAGUCCGUCUCCCGCCCCUUCACACCGGGAAUCCGACCGCUCUGAACGCAGCCAGCGCUCGGUUCGGGACAGCGAGAGGAGAGACAAGUCAGUAAGGGCACGUUAUCCAGAUGACACUCCUCUGCCCACACCCUCAUAUAAAUAUAACGAAUGGGCCAAUGACAGGAAACAUCUAGGCUCCACCCCUCGUCUCUCCCGAGGAAAAGGUAAAAAGGAAGGUGGAGAAGAUGGCAUUGCGUUUGAUACUGAAGAGGAGAAGGAACAGUGGGAGGAAGAUCAGAGGCAAGCAGACAGAGACUGGUACAUGAUGGAUGAAGGCUAUGACGAGUUCCACAACCCUCUGACCUCCAGCUCGGAUGACUACGUGAAGAAGAGAGAACAGAUCUUGCAGAAGCAGACCCAGAAACGCAUCUCUGCCCAGAGACGGCAGAUUAACGAGGACAACGAACGCUGGGAGACCAACCGCAUGCUGACUAGCGGGGUGGUGCAGAGACUAGAAGUAGAUGAGGACUUUGAGGAAGACAACGCGGCCAAAGUGCACCUGCUCGUCCACAACCUUGUCCCCCCUUUCCUCGACGGCAGGAUCGUCUUCACCAAGCAGCCGGAGCCUGUCAUUCCCGUGAAAGAUCCGACUUCGGACAUGGCCAUCAUCUCCCGCAAGGGCAGCCAGCUGGUCCGGAAGCACAGGGAGCAGAAGGAACGCAAGAAGGCGCAACAUAAACACUGGGAGCUGGCCGGCACCAAGCUGGGGGACAUAAUGGGCAUCAAGAAAGAGGAAGAUGGAUCUGACUCGAAAGUCGUCAGAGAGGAUGGGACUGUGGACUACAGGACGGAGCAGAAGUUUGCUGACCACAUGAGGGAGAAGACUGAGGCCAGCAGUGAGUUCGCUAAGAAGAAGUCCCUGCUGGAGCAGAGGCAGUAUUUGCCCAUCUUCGCUGUCCGCCAGCAGCUGCUAAACAUCAUCAGGGACAACAGCAUCGUGAUCGUGGUGGGCGAGACAGGCAGCGGGAAGACCACGCAGCUGACGCAGUACCUGCACGAAGAUGGAUACACUCGCUACGGCAUGGUGGGCUGCACGCAGCCGCGCAGGGUGGCCGCCAUGAGCGUGGCCAAGAGGGUUAGCGAGGAGAUGGGCAGCAACUUGGGGGAGGAGGUGGGUUACGCCAUCCGUUUUGAGGACUGUACCUCGGAGAAGACGGUGAUCAAGUACAUGACGGACGGAAUCCUUCUGCGAGAGUCCCUGCGCGAGUCUGACCUGGACCACUACAGCGCCAUCAUCAUGGACGAGGCGCACGAACGCUCCCUCAACACAGACGUGCUCUUCGGCCUGCUCCGUGAGGUGGUGUCUAGACGCUCAGAUCUGAAGCUCAUCGUCACGUCUGCCACCAUGGACUCGGACAAAUUUGCGGCAUUCUUUGGAAAUGUUCCCAUUUUCCACAUUCCCGGGAGAACAUUCCCAGUGGACAUCUUGUUCAGUAAGACUCCUCAGGAGGACUACGUGGAGGCGGCUGUAAAGCAGGCCUUGCAGAUUCACCUGAGUGGGAUGGUGGGAGACAUUCUCAUCUUCAUGCCUGGUCAGGAGGACAUCGAGGUGACGUCGGAUCAGAUUGUGGAGCGUCUGGAGGAGCUCGAGAAUGCCCCUGCUCUGGCGGUGCUGCCCAUUUACUCCCAGCUGCCGUCAGACCUGCAGGCCAAGAUCUUCCAGAAGGCCCCAGAUGGAGUUAGGAAGUGCAUUGUUGCCACCAACAUCGCCGAGACUUCACUGACUGUAGAUGGCAUCAUGUUUGUCGUGGACUCUGGAUAUUGCAAACUGAAGGUGUUCAACCCCCGUAUUGGUAUGGACGCUCUGCAGGUUUAUCCCAUCAGCCAGGCCAAUGCAAACCAGCGUGCAGGUCGAGCUGGGAGGACUGGACCAGGCCACUGCUACAGAUUGUACACUCAGAGUGCCUUUAAAAAUGAGAUGUUGACCACCACCAUCCCUGAGAUCCAGCGCACCAACCUGGCUAAUGUGGUGCUACUGCUGAAGUCCCUCGGCGUGCAGGACCUUCUUCUCUUCCACUUCAUGGAUCCACCCCCUGAGGACAACAUGCUCAACUCCAUGUACCAGCUGUGGAUCCUGGGCGCCCUCGACAACACAGGUGCCCUGACGCCCACAGGCAGGCUCAUGGUGGAGUUUCCCCUGGACCCGGCCCUGUCCAAGAUGCUCAUUGUGUCCUGUGACAUGGGCUGCAGCUCCGACAUCCUCAUCAUCGUCUCCAUGCUGUCUGUGCCGACCAUUUUCUAUCGGCCGAAGGGCCGGGAGGAGGAGAGCGACCAGGUGAGGGAGAAGUUUGCCGUGCCCGAGAGCGAUCACCUGACCUACCUCAACGUCUACCUGCAGUGGAAGAACAACAACUACUCCAGCAUUUGGUGUAACGAGCACUUCAUCCACACCAAGGCCAUGCGCAAGGUGCGUGAGGUGCGUGCUCAGCUCAAAGACAUCAUGGUACAGCAGAAGAUGAGUCUGAUGUCCAGCGGCUCCGAUUGGGACGUGAUCCGGAAGUGCAUCUGUGCCGCCUACUUCCACCAGGCCGCUAAGCUGAAGGGCAUAGGAGAGUACGUGAAUGUACGGACAGGCAUGCCCUGUCACCUGCAUCCCACCAGUUCUCUCUUUGGAAUGGGCUACACACCUGACUACAUCACCUACCACGAGCUGGUGAUGACCACCAAGGAGUACAUGCAGUGCGUGACGGCGGUGGAAGGGGAGUGGCUGGCUGAGCUGGGUCCCAUGUUCUACAGCAUCAAACACGCCGGGAAGAGCAGACAGGAGAACCGCCGCAGGGCCAAAGAGGAGAUCUCCAUUAUGGAGGAGGAGAUGUCACUGGCGGAGCAGCAGAUACGUGCACGCAGAGAGGAGCAGGAGAGGAAGAGCUCACUAGGCAGCACCAGGUCGACAAAGAUCUGCACCCCCGGCCGCAGGGAGGAUGUGCCCAUGACCCCGAAGCGCACACCCGCGCGCUUCGGCCUGUAGGCCAAACAUACAUCACCAAGCAUCUCUUACUGACUUCACGGAGGGAGGAAAAGCAGCCGUUUUUCCCGGAGGGUGCAGUUCCCACCUCUGGCCAGCAGUAGGAGCACUUGUAUAAGAGAAGAGUAAGAGCCUGGAAUAAAUAGGGGCUCGUGGUCAUGGUGGUGUUUUUUGGGUUUUUUUUGCUUUUUUCCCCAAACGUACCAGGAGCUUCACGUUUAUAAACCAGAAGGUUUUCAGGUUUCAUGUAAUAUUACUCAGAUCACUUUUUCGCAUUCUCAUAAAAAGUGUCCCUUGUUUGUUUGUUUUUUCCUGAGCUGAGUCUUCCACAAAGUCUACAUUUUUUGGGCAGAUGUUGUAACGUUGCAAGUACAAUGUGCAUAAAAUAUCGUAAUGUAUAUUUUAGUAGUGCCGUUUUGUUUAUAUUCCUCUUGCUUUCAACACUGCGGUGUUGGACGUGAUCCGAGUCCUAAUGUCUGAAUGGCUCCACGGAGAACAGCAUGGUGGGUUAAGUCUGUGGGGGUUUUUGUUUGUUUGUUUCAAGCUGUCGUAAAUACUAAGCCAUGUCGUAAACAGUGCACGAGCAGGGUCUCGCUCGCUUUGCUCGUGUAAUCUCGUCCUUCGUGUUUGUUCUCCGCGUGUCGUCACGGCGCUGAGUGACGCGCUGGGAGGACAGACGGGCGAAGCUGCGUGCAUCGUCACUUCCGUCUGUGGUGGUGUAACUUGGGUGUUUAUGCUGGAGGAAACAAAGCAACACAAACAAAUUUGUUUGUUUCGCUCAGUGUCGGAGCAGCAGCGACACAAGCCAGCCGGCUCCAAACCUUUUGCCAAAAUGUGCAAAUGAGAAAAGUAAUAAAGUUGUCGUGCAUGUC